CAGGAAUACACUCUCUUCCUCCGCCGCUGCAGCCUGACUCUGACACAACCGGCAUGUCUGCAAACUGACACACACACACGCACACACUCACGCACACGCACAGAGGCACAAACCCGCUCGUGAGUCGCACAACUUGUGAUUUCUUUCACCUCGCUGAAGGAGAAGAAAAGGAAGAAGAAGAAGAAGGAGGAGGAGGAGAGUGGACUGCGACGGGAGCUUUUCUUUCGUUCUUGGAGGGAUAUAGAGACUUGGAGGAGGAUCAGAACAAGGUCUGUCCCUGAUAACGUGACCACUGAAGGAGGAGAACACAGAACUGCUUCAUCAUGAAUUUUGUAAUGAAAGCUGCGCUGGGAGGAGGACCUCCCGAUGUGGGCAAGAUGCUGGGUGGGGAGGAGAAGGAGGAGGACCCCGAUGCAGCGAAGAAAGAGGAGGAGCGACAGGAGGCGCUGAGGCAGCAGGAGGAGGAGAGGAAGGCCAAAUAUGCCAAGAUGGAGGCUGAGAGGGAAAGCAUGAGGCAAGGCAUCAGGGAUAAGUACGGCUUAAAAAAGCGCGAGGAGGCUGAAGCCGAGGCAGCAGCCGCCGCGGAGGAGCCCGCAGCCGGCAGCUUGACUCGACCCAAGAAGGCCGUGCCGGCUGGCUGCGGUGACGAGGAGGAAGAGGAAAGCAUCAUGGACCAAGUGAUGAAAUACCUGCCAGGCCCGCUGCAAGACAUGCUGAAGAAGUAGGCUAGCCUGCUAGCUGAUGCUAACAUUAUCUAGCUUUGUUCAUAGGCUACAUUCACAAGGUUGGUUUAAAUCAGGGUUGUUUUUUUUUUCUCCGUUCACAUGACAGGUAUGAACUUUGCUCUGUAAGUACAUCAAGGAAAGUUUCAUCGUGUGUGACAUUUUGGUGUUAGGACAAAACGGCGGGAAAAUAAAUCAAGACAUGAACCAGCAGUGUGAAAUGUAGCCUUUGGACUUAGCUAGGUUGACCAGCCAGGUGAACGUUAGCUUGACUGAGGUUAAUGUUAGCAAUGUUACACUGCUGAGGCUAACAGCAAGCAGAGGGGCUAAAAAACACCAUGUUAGAUGGUUUAUCCUUCUAGUCUGAGACGUUUUAAACUCUUUUUCUCUCCUCUGUGACAGCUGCAGAGCUCUCUGGCAGCGCGGAAAAAUAAUAUCCCUGUUCACUCAAUUUGUACAUAGAUAAAUGAAUACAGUACGUUACAGGCCUCAAGGUGGGCAAACAAUCAUUAAAAUAUUAUAUGAAAUUAUUAUACUAACUGUGUGUCUGUCUCUAAAAUAUAUAUAAAAAAAUGUGAUAACUUGAUAAGCCAUAUUUUAAAAAGGAAAUUUAAAGACUACUGUUGUGUGCUCCUAAAGCUACUGUUUUGUGUUCGACCACGUCCAAAUUUUAUGUCAAACUUUUUGCACACAGUGUGACACAUCCUCUGUCAGACCUGUUGUCUAUUCCCCCCCCCACACACACACACACUCCCCUGAUGCCCAACAUCGAAGUGUAACGACAUCCAUGUAGCGUAGUGUUUAAAAAAGAAAUGUUUCUACUCCCCCUGUUCAGUGCGUCUCCUUCUUAUGUCCUGCAUGCCAUUUGUCUGGUUUGUUGUGUGAAGUAUGUACCGACUCACCCCGCUCCCCCUUCUUUAUCAUGCAAAAAAUAUUAUGGCAAUAACUCCUUAGUUUGAGUGUGUUUUCACUACCAUGUCGAUAUAACCGUCAGUAAUAUGAGUAAUUACAAGAAAACGAUACGUAUGCAUUCAGGAGAUUUCAUUUACAGGUUCUUUCUUUUUCUGUUGUCUCGUUGUUUUGAUGAUGAAGAAUGACCGUGUAGCCGUACAUAACGACAGCCAAAACCUUAAGCUUUCAGCCAUAAAACCAGAACUUACAGUUAUAUAUACUAUUACUAUCAGGAUCUACUACUAGGGAGAGAGUACUGAAUGAAUCUGUGUGAAUAAAUAGGAUAUAUGUACUUGUGAUUUUUAAGCUCUAAUAAGCAGUAUUAACUUGAACAGUGGACGCCAAGUCUGGAUUUUGCAUCACGUGAAGAAUUGUGAGUGGAGACAUCACUCACACAAGCACGCACAGACACACACAAACACACACAGAAGCAUAACACACACACACAUGCAAAAAGAUGCCAUGAAGUGAUGCUUUAUUCAGUUCUACUUAUCGUUGGUUUAGGUGUGAGAAUGAGGGUGAUGUGGAAUGCCACGAGCAAUAAAGGAUUAUCAUGUAUGUUUCUGCCUGAGAUUCAAUAAAAACUUAAAACCUUGUUCACAGA